UAUUUCAAUUUCAGUCAUUCUUCUCCCAGUUAUGUGAUCAGAGACAGGAUGAGAAGCCAAAAUUUGUUCUAAGGUAGCAGAUGCAGUUUGGGAUUUUACUAGAUUCCCCUGAACGCCUCACUUUCCACACGCAUCAAGCGGUGGCAGUCAAGCGAAGCUCCUUAACUCACAGCAACCAACCGAAGACCAACUGAAGCAACAUCCCUCAUCUGCACUCUGGAGCUUCUUUACAUCAUGGAGGAGAAACAAACCAUCAACUUUGGAGCUGGACCUGCCAAACUGCCUCAGUCUGUGCUGCUUCAAGCUCAGAAGGAGCUUCUUAACUACAAUGGCCUUGGGAUCAGUGUUCUUGAGAUGAGCCAUCGAUCAGCAGAUUUCACCAAAAUCAUCAACAAGUCAGAGAGUCUGCUUCGAGAAUUGUUAGAUAUCCCAAACAACUACAAGGUGUUGUUUCUGCAGGGCGGUGGCUCUGGACAGUUCAGUGGCGUUCCCCUCAACCUGAUUGGCCUGAAAGAGGACAGGUGCGCCGACUACCUGGUGACCGGCACGUGGUCAGCUAAAGCUGCAAAAGAAGCAGAGAAAUACGGCAAAGUCAACAUCAUCCACCCGAAACUGGACAGUUACACGAAAAUUCCCGACCCCAGCAGCUGGACCCUGAACCCGUCCGCAUCGUAUGUGUACUACUGCUGCAACGAGACGGUUCACGGCGUGGAGUAUAACUUCACGCCUGAAACCAACGGCGUGGUCCUCGUCAGCGACAUGUCCUCCAACUUCCUGUCACGGCCCGUCGACGUAUCAAAGUUUGGGCUCAUUUUUGCCGGCGCCCAGAAGAACGUAGGUUGCGCCGGCGUCACGGUGGUCAUCGUGCGAGAAGACCUGCUGGGCCACGCCUUGAAGGAGUGCCCCAUUGUGCUGGACUACACGGUGCAGGCUGAAAUGAACUCCCUCUACAACACUCCUCCAUGUUUUAGCAUCUACAUCAUGGGUCUGGUUCUGGAGUGGAUCAAGAAUAACGGAGGUAGCGCUGCCAUGGAAACACUCAACAAGCAGAAGUCCUCCAUGAUUUAUGACAUCAUCAACUCGUCAAAUGGUUUUUAUGUAUGUCCUGUGGACGCUGCGUGUCGGAGCCGCAUGAACGUGCCUUUUCGUGUCGGGAAGAAAGAAGGAGAUGAGUCUUUGGAGAAGAAGUUUCUGGAGGGUGCAGCCAAGCGGGGGAUGAUUUCACUGAAAGGACACAGGUCAGUGGGAGGAAUGCGUGCGUCCUUGUACAAUGCUGUAACUCUGGAGGACGCUGCAGCCCUCGCCGACUACAUGAGAAGUUUCCUCAAAGAGCACCAGUAAACCAACAGCACUUAAAAGCACAAGUUGUCACUUUGUUUCAGAAGAUUUUCAGAGUAAAUGUUGAAAAUUAAAUGUUUUGAAAACGGUUAUUAAUUGUUCCCAAGGGACUAAGCCCACUAAUUCCACAUUAGUCUUAUUUACGUAUGUUUUAUGUAGCAGUUUGCUUUAUUUUUGUUGACUAAAUACUGUUUUAGUUUCCAGUACUUACCUUUCAAUAAAUCUACUUUGGAAAUCCCCUUUAU